AUGUGGAGUAAAAACAAGAAUUCUUCAAAAAAUCCAAGAGUUUUUUUUACUCCAUGUGGAUGCCAUAAUUGGAAUCUAAUACUCGGGGAUGCAGCUUCUUCUUGUGUUCAAGCAGAACGAAUGUUUGGAAUUAUCCAGAAUCUCUAUACAUUAUUUUCAAUAUCUUCUAAAAGGUGGUCAAUACUUAUUAAACAUGUCAAUAUUACACUCAAACCACUUUCAGAUACUCGCUGGGAAUGUCGUGUUGAGAGUGUAAAGGCUGUUAAAUAUCAGUUAGAAGAAAUCUGUGAUGCACUAAAUGAGGUGCAUGACAUUAGUGUGGGAGAUGCAAAAAUACGAUGUGAAGCUGAAUCUUAUUCAGAACUGAUAUCAUCAUAUACAUUUUUAGUUCAAGUUUGUGUUUGGUAUUAUAUUCUGGUAAAAGUUAACAGCAUUAGCAAACUGUGGCAAAAAGAUGAUAUGCAAUUAAACCAAGCUGUAAUCCAUUUGGACACUUUCAUGUCAUGGAUAGAUUUCCGCAAUACAGGAUUCGAGUCUGCCAUCAUUUCCGCAAAUGAAACAGCAGAAAAAAUGGACAUCCCAAAGGAAUUUACAACUUGUCGUUGUUGUAAGAAGAAGCGGAUGUUUAGCUAUGAGCAUGAAGAUGAGCCACUCGCUGACCCCAAGGAACUUUUCAAAAUAAAAUUCUUUCUUGUAGUGGUAGACAUGGUGAUCAGCUCCAUGAGAUCAAGAUUUCAGGCCUUUAAAGAAUAUGCAGGCAGUUAUGGUUUCCUUUACAACAUCUUAAAACUGCAAAACUUGAAUAAGGAAGAGCUGGUUAAGAAAUGCAACAAUCUGCACCUUCUUCUUAGUGACAAGAAUUCUUAUAACAUUGAUGACCUAGAACUUUCUGAAGAGCUUGAUAUGUUAUCUAGAAUAUUCUCCACCAAUGCAACUGUCACAACUGUUCUAAAGAUUUUGAUAGAAAAAGAUUUGCAAGAUCUGUACCCCAAUUGCUUCAUUGUCCUUCGUAUAAUUUUGACAAUUCCGGUUAGUGUUGCCUCUGCAGAGCGCAGCUUCUCAAGAUUAAAACUUAUUAAUUCCUAUCUGCGUUCAACCAUGGGCCAGGAAAGACUAAGUGCACUGGCUGUGUUAUCAGUUGAAAAUGAUGUGUCUAACGAGCUGGAUUACAGUACACUUAUCAAUGAAUUCAGCAAUCAGAAGUGUAGAAAGGUCCUGUUGUAA